AGCCUGGGCAGUCACCCGUGUGGUGCAGCAGGUACCCGGGCUGCGGCCAUCACCAUCGCAAGGCAGUGGGACGGACGGACUGGGAAGGCGCCGGGGUGAGCCAGUGCUAGAAGUCUCCGGGAUCGCUGCCUGGCCCUUUAAAUAUCAUUGGAUUUGGGGAGUGGGGGGAGGCGGGGGCGGGAACUGCUCCCAGCCCCUCCCCCCUAGGCUGGGGACCGCCCCGAAUCCCCCAGAUCCCGUUGUCCUUCCCCCUUAGCCCUGGGGCUGGGGUCUUGGAAAGGGUUUUCCUUCCAUAAUCCAUCCCUCCUUUCCCCAUCCCCCCCCAUCCCCAACCUGCCCCUAUUAAACCCCUAAAUCCAAAUCCUAAUCCUGCCCGGAAUAGCCCUGCGGGAGUUGGCCGGUUCCCAGGCCCAGCGAGAGGCUGGACGGAGGGAAGAGGGGGGAGGCCUUACGGAUGCUUCCGACCCACCCCUUCCUUCCUGAAUGGACGGCUUGGGGAGAACGUAGCCUCCGCCCAAACCCAAAACCUGACGGACUCUCGUGUCCGGCUCCCGGCCUCUAAUCCCGCGGACAUCGCCUUCCGUUGCCACUGCUCUGGGAAAGCCGGCGGGGUGCCUCUUACCCGUCAGGCUUCCCAAUACACACCUGUCUGACACUGCCCCUUCCCCCAGCGUCUCGGGGCCCCGCCCGGCGAGGGGGCGGGAGUGGUAGGAAGUAAAUGCCUGGCGAUGUCGGCGGAGCCCUCCGCCAAGGAGACGAGGCUGUGCGGCGUCUUUGGAAGGAAGAGGGGUGGAUGGGGACGCUCCCAUGUCCUGGCUUCUAAGGACCCCUCCCGCCGGGAUGUUCUGAGUUCUAGGAUUUAGCUGCGUGGCACUGCCAGUCUUACCCAAGACAGCGAUGGCCUACAAGAAUGUGCUGAUCACUGGAUGCUCUUCCGGCAUUGGUCUGGCCCUCGCUGUUCGGCUGGCUAAGGAUGAGCUGAAGAGGUUCAAGGUGAUUGCCACCAUGCGGGACAUGGCGAAGAAGGGGCCCCUGGAGGAGAAGGCCGGGGAGACGCUGGAGCAGACGCUUCAGAUCCGGCCUUUGGAUGUCACCUGUGAAGACUCCAUUCGUCAGUGUGUGGCGGCCAUACCGGACCAAAGGGUGGACGUUUUGGUAAGCAAUGCAGGGGUGGGUCUGAUCGGCCCUCUGGAGUGUCACAGCAUGGCGGCCAUGCAGCGGGUACUAGACACCAACUUUUUGGGGCUGGUGCGACUGGUCCGGGAAGUGUUCCCCAGCAUGAAGCGCCGCCGCCAGGGGCACAUUGUGGUCAUGAGCAGCAUCCUGGGCCAGCAGGGGCUCCUUUUCAAUGAUGUGUACUGUGCUUCUAAGUUUGCUGUGGAGGGGUUCUGUGAAAGCCUUGCCCUGCAGGCCCUCAAGUUUGGGAUAAACAUUAGCCUCUUGGAGCCAGGUCCUGUGGUGACAGAAUUUGAGAAGAAACUGUAUGAAGAGGUAGCCUCGAUGGACUUCUCCAAGGUGGAUGAUGAAACUCGGGACAUCUUCCAGGGUUUCUACAUGACCUACUCAAAAGAUGUCUUCUCUGCCUUGGGCCAAACCCCUGAGGAGGUGGCAGAGCAUGCAGUGCAGGUGAUCGGGGCAUCCAGCCCUCCAUUCCGCUGUCAGACCAACAGUGUGUACACACCCCUGACCACUCUGAAGCACGCAGAUCCAUCGGGCCAGCUGCCCCUCAGUGCUUUCCAUCAGCUGGUCUUCCAGCAUGACCGGCUUUUCCGGGCCAGCCUCAGCCUCCUUAAGAUGCUGCAAUGGAGGAAGCGCCGCGACCUGGGCCCUCUGCCUCGACCUCCAGCCCCACCCUGACUUCCAGCCCCUAGCUCUGACACCCCCAUCCACCUUCUUUCAUCAGCCCCGGGGACCCCGGGCUGGCAUUGAUUGUGGGGUGUGUGUGUGGUAUGAAGAGGUCUUAAGGUCCUAAGACCUACCCACCUUUCACCUCUUUCUGGGUUGCUAGAUGUUGUAGGGCCUUGGAAAUUUUGAGUGUGCAGGGCAGGUUGGCUGGUCCUACCCCCAAUUCCUACUCCAGAUGAUAGCACAUUUUCUUAGUCUCUUUGCCUGUCCCUCCACCCCCAAGUUUCCCCCAAAGGGCCAGGAGCUUGCCUCUAGGCCUGGCCCAGAUGGCCCUAGACACCCCGAUGUUACCAGUGUGAUGGCAAGGGCCUGCCCAGUACCAGCAUAAGCACAAGCCUAGGGGUCCAGGGAUCCUGGAGAGAGGUUGGCCCAGAAGGAAGUGAAUCCUUUUCCCCUUCUAAUAAAUAUGCAUGUCUGAAA